GUUCCCGGGGCCGCGUCCCUCCCUCUGCAGAAGGCGGGAAGCGGCGCCGGCGAUGGGCGACAUCCACGAGGUGCCGCGGCCGCGCAUCGCCACGGGGCAGCUGGCGCAGCACAUCGGGCAGCCCGUCUGCUUCGUGGGGCGCGUCGAGAAGAUUCAUUCUAGCGGGAAGCUCGUCGUGCUUGCGGAUGGACUCGGAAAGCACACGACUGUGGAGCUGAGCGAGCCUCUGGAUGAGGAGAUUUCAGGAGUUAUUGAAGUGGUGGGAAGAGUAACAAAUCAGGCAACCAUCAUGUGUGCAUCGUAUGUCCAGUUCAGAGAAGAUAAAAGUUCAUUUGAUCUGGAACUCUACAAUGAAGCACUAAAAAUUAUUCAUGAUUUCCCUGAAUACUACCCAUUUGGUACUGGGAGGAACACUUGAUUUUUAUUAACAUAUAUUUAGAGCUUCAGAGGGGACUACAGUACUGUGGUUUCUUGCCUGACAGCAUGGUAACAGUUGCAUUUAUUUUCAACAGAUAUACUGAAAAGACACUGUUACAUGUGCUAAGUGUUGCCUAUGAAGAGUAUUUUCUUUGAAAAUGUAUUUAUUCAGCAAAGAAAACAAAUGUGAAUGUCUCACUCACUGUCUAUAUUUAACCCUUUUGCAUCUAUGAGGAGCAUUCUCUUGCAAGAUUAGACUUGUCAGAAACUGAAAUUUUGUAAGCAUCCUUUUCUAGUUGGUAGAGGUUCUAGGAUACAUUACAGGAAACUUGUAUGGAAAAAAUUGAUAAAGAUUUUUGAUUUAAUUUGCUUUGAUAUAAAUUUAUUGUAUGGAAGAGGUAUUUUGCAUCUUGGAAAUGGUAUCUUCACCAAUAAAAGAUUCACUGCAUUUA